GCUGAUAAGCGCCUCUACAAUCCGUUGGCCGCAAGUCGGGAAAAUCUCAUCGUCCCCAUCCCGUUAUUCUUCUCCGACGCUAUCUACCCCCACACCGAUUGCGGCCAUGUUGUACGAGCUGAUUGCCGUUGUCCGUCCGGGCAGUCUCCACGAGGUCCGAGAAAUCGCCCGUAAUGCCGGCAUUCAGGUCCUGCGCUCCGGCGGCGUAGUCCGCGGAUACACCAACUGGGGCACCUUCCGACUCCCCAAGCCCACCACAAAGCACCAGGCCAGAUACACGGAAGGUCACCACUUUAUCAUGCGCUUCGAUGCCUCCGGCCCCGUACAGAUGGCUGUCCGCAGAACCCUCGGUCUCGAUCCCCGGAUGGUUCGCUUUUCGGUGGUCAAGCUGGGCGACAAGCUUGAAGACAUCAAAGAUGUCCAGGGCAAGGUUGAGUGGAACAACGCACGCAACAUUUCCGAGUCUAUCUAAAAGAUGUCGCUUCUUUGAUUAUGGAUUGGAUGGAUGAAUUGAAGAAGAGCCGUUGUACAGCUCAUCUAGGUUGUUGAUUUACAUUCGGACAUUGCUGGUUCACUGUAUUAUUGGGAUUGAGGGUUGUAUUUUUGUACUAUCAUACCAGCAUCGCAGGCGCACAUAUAUAUAUCACUUAAUUGGGUUUCACUUUGAGGUGCCAUUCUACACCUGUCCAGAUUCUCCAUGGGCUGCUCAACAUGACACGUGACUUAGAUCAAACAGCAGCGCUAUCAUAGCCCAGUUUGAAAGGACUUCACUUUCGCUUAUUAGACUUCAUGCUAGUUUAUUACCACUAGAUGAUCAUCGCAUCCGGUCAUUUGGUUGGCAACAUGUGCUUUGCGGAAGUGGUUUCCGAUUCCUUUUGUGUCGAAUCACUCUCU